AUGGAGUCAUCAAGCACUGAACCUCCUAAAGCCAUCGAAUACUUGCACAAGCAAGUGUACGAGAACUCGUCAUCCAAAUGCGAAGCUAUGGUCAUCCGGGAAUAUAAAAAAAUAGGAUCCGGAGCCUUCGGAACAGUGGUGGAGGCUGUAUUGCAACCCGCUACAAACGAGAAUGAUAAUGUUGGUGAUACCUCAGAAGACGUUAAUACGGAUCAAUUGAAUAUUGAUGAAGAAAAAUGGUUAGGUCCAUUUGCUAUAAAAAGAGUUCCAGCCCAAACAGAUUAUAAAUCCCGUGAAUUGGAAAUCUUAAGAAUAGUAAAUCAUCCAAAUAUCAUUUCCCUCAAAUACUUUUUUGAAAGGAUACGGGUUAAAGAUAAUAAAAUGUACCAAAAUCUAGUAAUGGAAUGUCUUCCUUCGAAUUUACAGAAGGAAAUCAAAUAUUAUCGUAUUUCCAAAUAUACUAUUCCCUAUCCUCAUAUGAAGGCAUAUACAUUUCAAUUGACCAGAGCGAUGCUUUAUUUACAUGGAUUUGGAAUUGCUCAUCGUGAUAUUAAACCAACAAAUAUCUUGGUGGAUCCUUCAAAAGUAUGUCUUAAGAUUUGUGAUUUUGGUUCGGCAAAAAAAUUGGAACCAAAUCAAGCAUCAGUCAGUUAUAUUUGUUCGAGGUAUUAUCGAGCUCCAGAACUUACUGUGGGGUCAUCAGUAUAUACAACCAUGAUUGAUAUAUGGGGGCUUGGAUGUGUGAUAGCAGAAAUGUUUUUGGGGAAACCCAUAUUCCAAGGUCAAACACCUGAAUUACAACUACGAGAAAUCAGUAAACUAUUAGGACCCCCACCUAAUUCCUUUUUCUUUAAGGCAAACCCUAACUAUAGAGGGAACAUGUAUACUACCAAAUUAUUCACUGGUACAGUCGAAGAAAGAUUCCGACAAAUCUUUUCCAAUAGUCCUCCAGAUGCAAUUGAUUUGUUGAUGCAAAUAUUAGUGUAUGAUCCAGAACAACGUGCCAGCCCCAGAAGAGUAUUAUGUCAUCCCUUUUUCAAUGAAUUGAAACAGAAGGAUUUCAAGGUGUAUCCUCGUGGAUCUCAAGAGCCUAUUACUUUGGAUCUACUCAAGUUCACCCCGUUCGAAUGGGAGCUUUUAGGUCCUUAUCAAGACCUUGUAUGA